AUGGGUGAAGAUUUGAUGCAAAUUGUUUGUGGAAUUGUCUCCCUUGGUGGACUUUCCUCCAUGUACAGUGGUUACCCAGGAAGGUCUGCUCUGGUUAUGCAGACAAAAGAUGUUAGCAACAAAUUGCACAUGCAAACGUUGAAGAGGUCUCCUGAGUAUUCACUUUAUGGAAAGGUAUCUUCUAAGAGUGACGGAGAUGGCAGCAACGUUCUUUGGGGUGUUAAUGAUAAUGACAUCCCAAACUUGACGGCUCCCGACUCCGAUGAGGAUGAACUAGGUGGUCAAUUAACAGCUCCCAUGAGAAAGAAUAGGAGGCUAUUUGAUACACCAAGGGGAACUGCAUCAGCCCCUGCCAAGCGUUCCAGAGGAGCUUCUUGUUCUAAAGUGACUCGAAAGAGUAUAAAGACGAAUUUCAAGCCUCAUCAUGAUAUGGACCUUAAUUGGGCUGAUACUGUGCUAUUCAAGUUUUUGUUUUCCGAUGGGCACCCUUUAGAAUUCAAUCUCUCAUGCCUGGCCGUGAGAUUGAUGGCAGGGUUGUUGAAAUGGUUGUGAUGCUGAAUGCAUGCUCG